GAAAAGGAAAAUAAAUCUAUUGUGCCUCUUGCAACUGAGAAAAACGAGUUUAUAAAAUCCAAUGAUAAAGUUAUAUCAAAACUGUCAGUUCAUGAAAUAGUUGACACUAAUACUACUUCAACUUCGGCUAUGCCUAAGAAGUCAUCUGUCAAAACAGUUAAAAAAAUAAUGAGGUCACAACCAAUAUUUGACUCAAAGGCUAUUUAUAAUUUUGGGUCCAAAACUUUAACGGGAGAGGAAAUGGCACGUUGCAAGCAUCAAAAUAAAGUCUCCACUCUUGCUCUUGAUUUAUUUGCAUUGCUUUUUACUAAGAAAGAAAUGGCUCUAGGAAAUUUAACAGGCAAGGCUCCACAAGGAUAUAAAAAUAUUACAC